AUGUUUUUCACCUCCUAAUUUCAAGAAUUUAUGGAAAAAGAGAAAUCCAUCUAUUCCACUUUGUAAAAACAUCUUGACAUAAUAUUUGUAUAAAAAUUUACUAAAUUAGGCUAAUCAAUUAGAUUUCACUUAUAAUUCUGUGUUUCAACUAUUUUGCCAUAUAUCAAUUUUACACAAUACUUAAGCAAAUGUUUUUUAGGCUCUUAUGAAAAUGAUAGGUAGUUUGGUGGAAUAAAAAAAAUAGUAAAAUGAUAAUGAUUUACUUCUUAUUGAUAAUCAACCAAAAUCAGCUAAAUUUUUAAAACCAAAUUUUUUUGAAAUAUUUGAAGAAAAAUAAACUCAAUCAUCCAAAAAAUAAUAAUUAUUGAAUACAAAUGAUGAUAAAAAGAAAUUUUCAAUUUAAACUGAAGUUGAGGUUCCAUAAGAAAAGAUAUUUAGAGAAGUCAUAAAAAAUAGAAAAGAACGAUAAAAAUUGGAUGCUCAUCAAUGUGAAGAUUGUGAAAGAUUUUACAAAGCUUUGCCAAAUACAAAUUAAACAGAAAAAUUAAAACAGGAUUUUUCAAGGCAUAGAUUGAAUCAUAAAAUAAACCAAGAAAAAUUAUUAUUAACUCCGGAAUGA